AUGGCCGUUAGAGUGACAUUCCCAACUCUAAUAGCAUACUCCGCCAUCUUACCGAUACCCCUGUUCAAACGAGUACAGGAAGCUGGGCGUCGCAUGGCUCAGUAUGCCCACCAAGCGAUCAAGAACUAUCAAUCGGUGAUUCAGAAAAACCCAGAGAAUCCCAAACAGACACUCUUCACGAAGAUGUUUAACGGAGGACCAGAGGGACUCCAGCUUCAAGAGAUUAUUCCUGAGGCCGGUGGUUAUAUUGUGGCCGGAAGUGAUACGACGGCAAUUACAUUGACCUAUCUUGUGUGGGCAGUUUGUCGAAAGCCAUUUAUCAGAGAUAAACUAGUCGCUGAAGUCAGCGCAUUACCACCUCAUUUUACCCAGGAUUCUGUCCGUGAUCUUCCCUAUCUUAACCAGGUUAUACAGGAGGCUCUGCGUAUACAUUCUGCUGUUCCUAGUGCACUUCCACGCGCUGUACCACCCGAGGGUGCUAGUCUAGCUGGAUAUAGGAUUCCUGGAGGUGUCACAGUGUCCACCCAGGCAUAUACUCUACAUCGCGACCCUGAUGCGUUUCCCAAUCCUCAUGUGUGA